UUCCCUCCUGAUUUUUGGUUUUUAAUCUGUGAUUUUUUGAAAUUCCAUGGCUAGUUCAUUUUUGUGAAAUUUUGCUUCAAUUAGUUCGUAGACAGUUCUUAUGUAUUAAUGGGGGUUUACUGAUUUUGGGUUUUUAAACUCUGAUUUUCAAAAUUCCAUAGCUAGUUCAUUUUGGGGUAAUAUUUGCUUCAAUUAGUUCAUAGACACUUCUUAUUGAUUAAUGAGGGGUUUUACUGAUUUUGGGCUUUUAAUCUCUGAUUUUCAAAAUCCAUAGCUAGUUCAUUUUUGUGUAAUUUUGCUUUAAUUAUUUCAUACACAGUUCUUAUGGAUUUGUUGGGGUUUACUGAUUUUGGGUCUUUUAUCUUUGCUUCCUAAAUCCUUGGAGUGUUGACCCUGUGUACUCAUUUUGAGGUAGUUGUUUCAGUUAGAAUGUUCUAAGGGGUUAUUCUAGUAUUUAUUAUUAUUCAAUUAAUUAUUGCUAUUAAUUAUGGGUGGAGAAUUAUUAGUGUGUAGUUUUUGUUGAAUAAGUAUUCAAUGCAUGUAAAAAUAUGGUAUGAUAAUCUGUUCGAAAAACUUUUUACCGGGGGAAACACUACCACUUGGAUAUGCAUACUCUAGGGAUGAUAUGUAACUUUUGUGCAAUAUAUCACAAAUUUGGUAUUUAAAAAUUGCUUUCUUACUAGUAAAUUUUCAUUGCUUGUUUCCAUAAACUCUAAUGCCCAGUUGGUGGUUCACUAUAUGUUUUUAGUUUCUUUAUAUGUUUUAAUCUACACACAAACUGUGUGUUCCAGUUAAGUGUGCUGGUGCAGUUCCUCCUCUUUGCUGCCUGUUUUGUGUUAAAGACGAUAAAUGGGUUGGAUAUGAAUGCCGAACUGGGUUUACGCAUGGGAUAUGUUGAUCUUUAGUAUGCUUGUGCUGCUUCCGACUCAAUGGACCAUUAGUGUCAAUACCAACCAAGAAAGCGUGGUCCGAACGGUGAAAAAGGUGCAAAUACAUCCUCCCACUGCUACUCGUGUACUACUUCCAGAUGGAAGACAGAUGGCUUACCAUGAACAAGGUGUCCCAGCUGACAGUGCUAGAUUUUUUCUAAUAGCUCCACAUUCUUUUCUUUCAUCCCGGCUUGCAGGUAUACCGGGAAUUAAAAUGUCAUUACUUGAAGAGUUUGGUGUUCGCUUGGUCACGUACGAUCUUCCUGGUUUUGGGGAGAGUGAUCCUCAUCCUACAAGAAAUCUUAAUUCAUCAGCUUUCGAUAUGCUUCAUCUCACCAAUGCUAUAGGUGUUAGUGACAAGUUCUGGGUGCUUGGUCACUCAAGUGGAAGCAUGCAUGCUUUGGCUGCACUAAGAUACAUUCCUGACAGAGUCACAGGUGCAGCUUUAUUUGCCCCAAUGAUUAAUCCGUAUGAACCGGGCAUGACUAAUGAAGAAAUGAAAAGAACAUGGGAAAAUUGGUUACCAAGACGAAAACUAAUGUAUUUCUUAUCUCGUAGAUUUCCAAGAUUUCUCUCCUAUUUCUAUUGCCGAAGCUUUCUAUCUGGAAAGCAUGACCGGAUUGAUAGGUGGUUAUCUCUUUCAAUGGGAAAGAAGGAUGAAAUUCUGAUUGAAGAGCCAGUAUUUGAAGAAUUCUUGACUAGGGAUGUGGAGGAGUCAAUCCGGCAGGGAAAUCCAAAACCAUUCAAAGAGGAAGCAACACUACUAGUAUCAAACUGGGGUUUUAGUUUGUCAGAUCUUCAGGUUCAGAGAAAGUGUCAGAGAAGAGGUAUUGUUCCUUGGCUUAUGUCCAUUUACAGUAAGGCAGAAUGCGAACUGACGGGAUUUCUAGGCCCCAUACACGUAUGGCAGGGUAUGGAUGAUAAAGUUGUUCCAUCAUCAAUGGCUGACCAUAUAGCCAGAGUUAUAACAGGAGUCAAUUUGCACAAGCUCCCAAAUGAAGGCCACUUCUCGUAUUUCUAUUUUUGUGAUGAGUGUCACAGACGGAUAUUUUCUACUCUCUUUGGACCCCCACAAGGUCCACUUGACAAUAAAUUGGAAAUGGACCAAAUUCCAUUGGAAGAAAGUGCAGAGCAGUUUUUUUGUUUCAAAUUUUCAGAUUCUGAUGUAAAUACCACAGGCUGCUCCCAAUGCUUUGGUGGAGCAAUGAAAGAUGAGAUUUAGCUGUUAUCUGUUUCAACGAAGUUUUGAAAUGAUAAAAACAUUUUCUGGCAAUAGGUUUUGAAAAUCAAGGACGAAGCAGUUUCAAUAAAUAUAUAUUUUUUUAUCUGCAGUGCUAAUAUUAUUAUUAUUAUUAUUAUUUUUUGGGUUUAAAUAAUCAUCAUUCUUUCAAUCUUUCAACCUCAAUCCAAGUUGGACGAGGGAGCUCUACGUUCAAUCAGGUGACAUUCUGCAAAUGUGAUUGUGUUUCUUUUUGGGAGACCAGUUGAAAAGUCGGUUAUAUAUUUAUAUAUAUAUAUUAAUAUUUUUUGCCCUUUUGAAACAUGAAGCCACUGAAUAAAUGGAAAUAUAUUUUUUUUUAUAACAUUCUAAUAAAAAUUUUAUUUAUGAAUUUUAUUUUAUUAUUUUACCUUAAUUAUGUUCUACACUGUCAUUUUUACCUCUUGGGUGAAGGGCUACACUGCCAUUCCACAAGGGAAAUGGAGCUUGAAUUUCUAUUCAUUUAAUAUUUGUUUUUUUAGAGAAACAUUAUUAUAUACUUUUUCUAAAAUUUUGUGAGGUUGACUGCACAUGCCAUGUAUGGUUGCUUAUUGACCAGAUAGAAACAGGGUUCAAUAAAUGUCCCAAUUCCAAUGUAUCAGUGAAUGAACCAAAAAAAGAACCUACAUUUUUUUUUUUCUUUCUUUUUUUUGGUGAAAACAUAAAAAAGAACUUACAUUGUUAAUAUGGUGCAACGCAUGGUGAAAUAUUUUGGAUCCAAUUUGUAGAAUCCACAUUUUCUAUUUUAACCCCACAUAUUGUUAAGUUUUCGUAUAAAAUAAUUCAAACUAGUUAGCGGUUUAGAAGAUUUCUUUGCUCUUGCACAAUGACUUAUAAGUGGUUGUUAUGUUUGAUUCUUAUAAAAAGGAAGAUUCUAAUUUAAUUAUAUACUAGGAAAAGCCCAAAUUCAAGGUUGCAAAUGUUGGUGUCUUUCCAUAAAAAUAACACCCCCUGUUAGACCAUUGCAGUAAAAGAAGACGAAUUUUGUUCAUGUUCCCCAUGGUUGAUUUUAAUAUUAAACUAGAAAAUUUAGGUUUCAACAAAGCCUGUGCCACAUAAAAAUAAAAUGAAAUGCCUCAUAAUUUAUUAGGUUCACUUAUUCAUGUAUUUAAUUUAUAUUAAUUUGUGAACCAUCGCAUCUAAAAUUUGAUAACCAUAAUAUAGUAAUUAAUAUCCACAAUAUGAUAUCAAUAGUAGCUCUAACAGAAAUAUGAUUUUUGGUAAUUUCUAAUAGAAAUAUGCUGAAAGCAAUGCUAUACCCCCUUGGCUUAAGGAAAAACUUUCAAGAAUUAUUAUUGUACCAGAAGCAAAAGGAACAAGGUGGACCACUUCACUAAACUGUUUAGCUUGCAAAGUAAACCCAGAAUCCCCUUGGUCGAUUUUGUAAUAAAGCAACAACCAAAUUCGUUAAAUUUAAGCUACCAAGUGUCCAUAACAACAAUUUAAUUGAAAGAUAAAAAGGUUCACAUCCUAAACAAAAUCAAGUAUAUCACAUCACUUGGUAUCUAAAAUUUGAUAAGAACAAGCAACAUUGCACUUAAGUAACAAUAUCAUAUCACUUGGUAUAUAAAGUUGAUAUGAGUAUUAUUUUCUUUCAUUCUCUUAUGAUUUAACCGGUAAUUGCAAGUUACAGGACAGACAUGCGACUUGCAAGUCAAAAUCAAAUACAAUAACAAUGUUUACAAAAUUUUCUAAUAAAAUACACUGUAAUUGAAAUUUAAACCCAAGUGGAGUUGGGGUGAAGGUAAAUUAAAUUAUUCAAGAAAGAAUGCAGGAACGUUGACAGAUUUCCUUUAAAAAAAAAAAAAAAAAAAAGAGAGAAAAAAAGAAAAAGAAAAAGAAAAACACUAAAGAAGAAAGCCUAAAUGGAAGAUUAAACGAAAUGCCAGGGGAACAUUUAUUCCGUCAAUAUUGAUUUUGUAAUAUUAAUACAGACAAUGAAAAUCCGACACAGCAAAAUUCCAAUUGUGUAAUCCUAAUGCUUAAUUAAUUCAUAAAAAGAAAACGUACUAUCCAAAUAGUUAGGAACCUAAAGAAUUAUUUGAAGGACUCGCAAAACUCUUCUUUCAAAACUUUAGAGAUCUUGUAAAAACUAUCGCGUAAAAAUGAUGAUCUGAAUAGAGAUGAAGACAUCAUUGA